UGAUAAAUUCCCUUUGUCACCGAAAAACAUUAAGGUAUCUCUGAUCAAAGAAGCAGCACCGCAAGCGCGCAAGAAUGGCAUGUUCAGCCGCCCGUCGAACCGUCACAACACUUCUAACUAGAACAUAUCUCCGCAACUCUUCUUCGCCUCCUUCAAUUCUCUCUCCCAACUCUCGAUUUUCUCUCUCCUACAUUUUGUCCCACUUCCAACCUUCACUCUCCCCGAAUUCACCGAAUUUUCAAACUCGCCCCAAAACAACCGGGUCGGGCUACUCGCCACUCAAUGAUCCAUCCCCAAAUUGGACGAAUCGCCCCCCUAAAGAAACCAUCUUAUUGGAUGGGUGCGAUUAUCAGCAUUGGCUUAUUGUAAUGGAGUUUCCUAUUGACCCUAAACCUUCUAAUGAAGAAAUGAUUGAUUCUUACGUUAAAACCCUAGCUCAAAUUGUUGGCAGUGAGGAGGAGGCGAAGAAGAAGAUUUACUCUGUUUCGACGACGACGUAUACUGGGUUUGGUGCUUUGAUUUCUGAGGAGCUGACUUACAAAGUUAAAGAGUUGCCUGGUGUUCUCUGGGUCUUGCCUGAUUCCUAUCUUGACGUGCCAAAUAAGGAUUACGGAGGUGAUCUUUUUACCAAUGGGAAAGUUAUGCGAAGGCCACAGUAUGAUUUUAGUGAGAGGCAGCAGAAUAGUAGACCAAGGACUCGCCCACGACAUGACAGACGUCGUGAAAGAGUGCAGAAUGUCGGAAGACCACCAAUACAGACACAAGAACAGAGUUAGACACAGGACAAUGCACAAACCAAUGAAGCAGCCAAUGCUAAUGAAUGGCCAUGAACCAUUAGAAGUUAUAUUAAAGUAAUAUAUCGGGUUUAUUUUUAAGCUGUGCGUAUGCAUCUUUUCUAGUAUGAACACUAUUUCUUCCAACACUGUCUCCAAACACUUGAUUCUUUUUACAGUUAAAGCAGGGCAUGCAUCCCUCCUUUGACAUGUUGCCAAUAUCAAUUCAUGGGCUUCCCUACCAUCA